AUGACGGAACUAUCAAAAAACGAAGGAAGUGGGAAAUCGGGGAAAGGUGUGAGCGAAGUAGUGGACACUGUCCUAUACUACGUUGUUGACCUGAAAAAACAACCACCAAUGGCUCAGUUAGGAGUAGGAGCCGGAUUUGGAACUGUGACAGGAUACUUUGUCACGAAGGGUGGUCGUCUUGUCGCUGCAACUGUUGGAAUCUCAUUUUUGUUGGCUCAAUUCGCCAUUCACAAAGGAUACAUCACUCUGAACGAAUCGAAGAUUGAAAGAGACAUCAAAAACCUUCAGAAGUCAGUAAUGAAAAAAGUAUCGAAAAGAGAUACAAUCAACAUUCCGAGUUCUUUCAUUACGGAGAACCGGUGGAUUCUUGGCGGAUUUGCAGCUGGCAUGCUAAUUGGAUUUAGUAUUGCUUAA